AUGCUUACCAAGACCUCGUUCCACGACGUCCCCACAACGGCCAACGGCCGCGCGGGCACCAUCCGCAUCUUUGUGAUUGAGCCCAACGUCCCAGAGUAUCCCAACGCAAAGUUCCCCGGCUGCGUUGUCUUCUCCGAAAUCUACCAGGUGACCGGCCCCGUCGAGCGCUUUGCGGGCAACAUUGCCAGCGAGGGCUACGUCGUUGCCCUCCCCUCGAGCUUCCACGAGUUUGAAGGACCCGAGGCCAUCCCGUAUGACGUCGAGGGCACCGACCGUGGAAACAAGUACAAGAUUGAGAAGACGGUCGAUGCCUACGACGAGGACGCGACCCUCUCGGUGGACCUCCUCACGAGCCUGCCCAGCUGCAACGGUCGUAUCGCUGCGACUGGCAUGUGCCUUGGUGGCCACUUGGCUCUUCGCGCCGCCUUUGACCCCCGUGUCCUCGCUACCUUCUGCUACUUUGCUACUGACGUUCACUCGGCGACCCUGGGCAAGGGCAAGUCGGACGACACCCUCAUCCGCGUCCAGAAGGGCGAUCUCACUGGCAAGGGCGAGGUGGUGCUCGUGUUCGGCAAGCAGGACACGCACGUCGACCGUGCUGGCCGCACGCUCAUCCGCGAGACCUUGGACGACGCCAACGUUACCUGUUCGUUUAUCGAGGUUCAGGCGCAGCACGCGUUCAUCCGCGACGAGGCGUCCAAGGGUCGCUGGGACGCUGCCCUCUCGCGCUCGCUCUUCUCCAUGAUGAUCGAGUCGUUCACCCGCAACGUUGCCCGGGACCUCGGGCCCCGCGUCGGUUCUGGCGCCAAGAUUGAGCACGUCUGUUAG